AUGUGGACAAGAACAUCAGGCCUGCGAGGCCGUUACCUCCACUGGGCUAUCACCUUCACUUCCGUCGUUGGUUUCUCCCUCUUCGGUUAUGAUCAGGGUUUGAUGUCCGGUAUUAUCUCCGGUACUGAAUUCGACAAUGAGUUCCCUCCUCUCGCCGGUGAUGACAUCCACACCCAGGUCCUCCGUGGUGGUGUGACCUCUUGUUACGAACUUGGUUGUUUCUUCGGUGCCAUCUUCACCCUCAUGUACGGUGAGCGCAUCGGUCGUACUCCUAUCCUGGUUGGCGGUGGUCUCCUUAUGAUCCUGGGUACUGUCAUCUCCGUUGCUUCGUUCGGUCCUCACUGGGGUCUCGGCCAGUUCGUCAUUGGUCGUGUCAUCUCCGGUCUUGGAAACGGUGCGGACACUGCGACUAUCCCCGUCUGGCAAUCUGAGUGUUCCCAGGCUCACAACCGUGGUUUCCUCGUCUGCUUCGAGGGUGCCAUUAUUGCCGUUGGUACUUUCAUCGCCUACUGGCUCGACUUCGGUCUCUCCUACGUCGAUUCCUCCGUUGCCUGGCGAUUCCCCGUUGCAUUCCAGAUCCUAUUCGCUAUCUUGGUCAGCGUUGGUGGUCUGUUGCUACCGGAGUCUCCUCGUUGGUUCAUUAUCCAGGGCAAGGAGAACGAGGCCCGCGAGGUUCUGGCCGCUCUUCACGGUAGCACCCCCGAUGGAGAGGAUGUGAUUACCGAUAUUGCGCUCAUGCAGGCCGAUCUCAAGGCCAUGGAGGGCGCCAAGGCCGGCUGGAAGACGCUCUUCACCUUUGGCAAGACUCAGGAGUUCCAGCGUAUGAUGAUUGGUUGCUCCGGCCAGUUCUUCCAGCAGUUCACUGGUUGUAACGCUGCUAUCUACUACUCCACCCUGCUCUUCCAGACGAGCUUGCACAUGACUGGCAAACUCCCCUUGAUUCUGGGUGGUGUCUUCGCUACCGUCUACGCCCUGGCUACCAUCCCCUCCUUCUUCAUGAUCGAGCGCGUUGGUCGUCGUAAGCUGUUCUUGAUUGGUUUCGCCGGCCAGGGUCUCUCCUUCAUCAUCACCAUGGGCUGUCUGAUCAAAGACAACGAGCAGAACGCAAAGGGUGCCGUCGUCGGUAUCUUCCUGUUCAUCUGCUUCUUCGCCUUUACUACGCUGCCUCUGCCCUGGAUCUACCCUCCCGAGAUCAACCCUCUCCGUACCCGUACCAUGGCUGCCUCGGCCUCGACCUGCACCAACUGGAUUUGCAACUUCGCCGUCGUCAUGUUCACCCCGGUCUUCUCUGCCAGCAGUGGCUGGGGUAUCUACCUCUUCUUUGCCUUGGUCAACUUCAUCGCUUUCCCCUUCGCCUACUUCUUCUACCCCGAGACCGCCGGUCGUGAUCUGGAGGAGAUUGACAUUAUCUUCGCCAAGGCUCACAUCGAGGGCAAAUGGCCUUUCCAGGUUGCCAACGAGCUGCCCAAGCUCACCGUGCAGCAGAUCGGCGAGUACCAGCGCGAGCUCGGUCUUGACGUCCCUGGCCACCACGUUGAGCGUGAUAGCGAGAAGGGCGACAUUGGCAUGAGCAGCGAGAGUGAGAAGGAGAAGAACAACCACUCCGAGUAA